AUGGCCCAGCAGUACUACAAAAAGGUCAACUAUUCUCCAUACAUAGAUCGGAUUCCAUUGCAGAUAGUGCGGGCAGAAAAUGAACUCUCGCUGGAGGAAAAAGCUUACCUGAAUGCAGUGGAAAAAGGGGACUAUGCAACAGUGAAGCAGGCUCUGGAGGAAGCUGAAAUCUACUUUAAUAUUAAUAUCAACUGCACAGAUCCUCUGGGACGGAGCGCACUCCUCAUAGCAAUUGAAAAUGAAAACUUGGAGAUCAUGGAGCUGCUCCUGAGUUUUAGUAUCUAUGUGGGGGAUGCGUUGCUCUACGCCAUACGAAAGGAGGUUGUUGGAGCCGUCGAGCUUCUGCUGCAUUAUAGAAAACCAAGUGGAGAAAAGCAGGUCCUUCCUUUACUGAUGGAUGCCCAAUUUUCAGAAUUCACUCCAGAUAUUACGCCCAUAAUGCUUGCUGCACAUACCAAUAACUAUGAAAUUAUAAAACUGUUGGUACACGGAGGAGUCUCUAUCCCUCGACCUCACCAAGUCAGGUGCAACUGCGUGGAAUGUGUUUCCAGUUCAGAAGUUGACAGCCUCCGUCACUCGAGGUCACGGCUGAAUAUAUACCGUGCUCUUGCCAGCCCCUCAUUAAUAGCCUUGUCAAGUGAAGAUCCGAUCCUUACAGCCUUUCAACUGGGUUGGGAACUGAAGGAGCUCAGCAAAGUGGAGAAUGAGUUCAAAGCUGAAUAUGAAGAGCUGUCACAGCAGUGCAAGCACUUUGCCAAAGACCUGCUGGAUCAGGCUCGAAGUUCCAGGGAACUGGAGAUCAUAUUGAACCACAGAGAUGACCAAAGUGAUGAGUUAGAUCCCCAAAAAUGCCAUGAUCUAGCCAAACUAAAGGUAGCCAUCAAGUACCAUCAGAAAGAGUUUGUUGCUCAGCCAAAUUGCCAACAAUUACUGGCUACGUUAUGGUAUGAUGGAUUCCCAGGCUGGCGUCGCCAUCACUGGGCAGUCAAGCUCCUAGCCUGCAUUACCAUCGGGUUUCUAUUUCCAAUACUUUCCGUGGUUUAUCUGGUGGCACCAAAGAGCAGGCUGGGACUGUUCAUUCGGAACCCUUUUAUUAAGUUUAUCUGCCACACAGGCUCCUACUUGACGUUCCUUAUCCUGCUGUUGUUGGCAUCUCAGCACAUUGUCAAGACAGAUCUUCACAUGCAGGGGCCACCACCAACUAUUGUCGAGUGGAUGAUAUUACCAUGGGUUUUAGGUUUUAUAUGGGCUGAAAUCAAAGAAAUGUGGGAUGGUGGGUUUACUGAAUAUGUACAUGACUGGUGGAACCUGAUGGACUUUGCAAUGAAUUCCUUGUAUUUAGCCACUAUCACACUGAAGAUUGUUGCCUAUGUGAAGUACAAUGGCUCACGCCCUCGUGAGGAGUGGGAGAUGUGGCACCCAACGCUGAUUGCAGAAGCCCUGUUUGCAAUAGCCAAUAUCUUCAGCUCCCUUCGUUUGAUCUCGCUUUUCACUGCGAACUCUCACCUGGGACCACUACAGAUUUCGCUGGGCCGCAUGCUCCUUGAUAUCCUCAAGUUCCUCUUCAUUUAUUGCCUGGUGCUGCUCGCAUUUGCAAAUGGACUGAAUCAGCUGUACUUUUACUAUGAGACCAGCACUUCUGAAGAGCCCAAUAAUUGCAAGGGAAUACGGUGUGAGAAGCAAAACAAUGCUUUCUCAACAUUAUUUGAGACAUUACAAUCCCUAUUCUGGUCAGUUUUUGGUCUUUUGAAUUUGUACGUCACCAAUGUGAAAGCUCGGCAUGAGUUUACAGAGUUUGUUGGAGCCACCAUGUUUGGAACUUACAAUAUCAUCUCCUUGGUUGUCUUGCUCAACAUGCUGAUCGCCAUGAUGAAUAACUCUUACCAGCUCAUUGCAGACCAUGCUGACAUUGAAUGGAAAUUUGCCAGAACUAAACUUUGGAUGAGUUAUUUCGAUGAAGGUGCAACUCUUCCACCUCCUUUCAACAUCAUCCCCAGCCCAAAGUCUGUCUGGUACCUCUGUAAAUGGCUGCACUCUCACAUCUGUCCAAGCAGAAAUUCGGAGAAUGAGCAAAAGCGCGAGAAUCUCAGGGAAUUUACAGAACGUCAUGCGGAUGACUUGAUCCAAAACCAACACUACCAGGAGGUUAUUAAAAAUUUAGUGAAAAGAUACAUUGCAGCUAUGAUCAGAAGUGCCAAAACUGAUGAAGGACUUACAGAAGAGAACUUCAAGGAACUGAAACAGGAUAUCUCCAGUUUUCGCUAUGAGGUUCUUGACCUUUUAGGAAACAGAAAAUCGUCUCGAAGAACAUAUUCUACCAGCAGCGAUGGGAUGCAAAUAGGAGACUUGGAGGAAGAUAGUGCAGAAGAAAUGAAAAAAAUCGUGUCAUUCAAUUUGGCAGGUGAAAACAAUGACAGGAAGAAGCUCAAAAUGAACUCUUUCAGUGUUUCAGCUCUAAUCAAAUCAGUUUCUGGAAUUGACAUUAAUGAAGAGAAAUCGAAAAAUAAUAGACUGAGUAAGCAACCUUCAUCAGUCAGAAAUGGCAAUCGAUUCCAGAGAUACCCAAACUCUAAGAAGGAUUCUUUUAAAAGGCUUGGCCUCUUGUUUAGCAAGAUGAAUGGGCAACUCUCUGAACCAAGUCCAGAGCCUGUGUCAAGCAUUUCUGAUGGACUACUUCAAGCACACAAUGUGUGGCAGGACUUCAAGUAUUCCCAAAUUUCCAGUCCUAACCAUAUAACAAAGAGUGAGAGUAGUCUUAAUGCAGUUGGUCUUAACGAGGUGAACAGAAGAAACAGAAUUGAUAGCCAUUGUUCAGCUAACCAUAAUGACUCCUUUAAUUGCUCUUCCAAUAUCAGCACCUCCAAUAACAAACUCAUUGACUCAUCAAGUGAUGUCUUUGACUCCUGGGGGGAUGCCUGUGACUUGCUAAUGACCAGAUGGAACAGUCGUCAAGAGGACUGUGUAACAACUCAGUUAUAAUAGCAUAAUAUAUCUAGAUACUACUUUAUCA